AUGGGAGCUAGGUUUGAUGGAUUCUCAAUAAGAGAGUACACUUCUAAGAUGAGGUCCAUCGACGUUUUCAAAUGUUGGCCAUUCACUUCAACUUCUAACCGUCAACUCACACGCCACGAACUUCAUUCAUGGCUUCCUCCAAUCUCUCCCUGCCCUAGAUCCAAUCACAACAACAACUCUCUAAAUCACCACAAUCAACCCUCACUUCAAGAACCUUCCAGAACCGAUAGCGAAGAAUUAUCCAAAUCAGAUGAGUUUGCUUCUCCUCCUUCUCCGCUUCCGGCUGUUGUUGCUGCUGCUGAUGAUGAAAAAUUGGAGAUGAUUUGUCCGGUUUGUCGCGAAUUCAACGCAGCUACUCUCACGGCGGUGAACGCUCACAUCGACGGUUGUCUUGCGGAGUCUGUUAGAGUGGAGCGUCGUCACAUGAGGAGGAUGAAUUCGAAAGCGUGUAAAUCGAAGUCAAAAUCGAAGUCGCCUAAGAAGCGUUCAAUAGCUGAGAUUUUCAAGGUAGAGGAUAAGGAUCAGCAUAAGGAGGAAGAGCGACCGCUGCCAAACGAGAGUGUGACAAAAUUGUUACCGUGCGGUGAGGAUAUUGAAGACGAUGAGGUUUCUAUAACUGUUAGGAAGUUCAGAUGGCUCUCUCAACGGCUUGAGGCGUUGAGAUCUAAACCUGGAGGUGAUGAAUCGGUGAAAUCCUCUGUUGAAGAGGAGAAAUUGGAGAUGAUUUGUCCGGUUUGUCGAGAUUUCAACGCUGCUACUGUAACGGCUGUGAACGCUCACAUCGAUAAUUGUCUCGCGCAGGCUGUUAGGGGUGAACGGUGUCAAACGAUAAAAACUGGUUUCAAUGCUUUCCAUGGUUUCAAGUCCAAACCUAAAGCACCGAAGAAGCGUUCAAUUGCGGAGAUUCUAAAUGCGGCGCCGGCUAUUGAAAUCAGUAAAAGCAAGACGAAUCCUUCUAUUGUGGUUGAGGAAGAUGAAGAUGAAGACAAAUCCUCCGAUUAUUCCGGUGAUGAUUUUAGUGCUUCUGAUGCUGCUGAAACUGUUGUAUCUCUCACAAAAGCCAAGAAGAGUACGAAUAAAAACAGCAAAAAGAAAAAGACGAAGAAGCUUAACAAGAAGAUGAUGACGAUAAAGAAGAAGUUGGGAAAGCAAAGUGAUGGUAAUAGUGUGUUGCUGAAUAACGAGAAGAAGACGGGUGUGAACAUGAAAAAGAAGAAGAAAAAGAAGAACAUCUUCAACGGCGAGUUCACUCGGAAGAAGGAAAGUGCGUACAAAGGCGACGUGCAAACUGCAGUAAAUAGUUGCAGAAAACUAAGAGGUACAAUUGGUAAUGAAAUGGUUGCGCUGCAAGACAUUGAACCUUCUGUCCGUAGAAAGAAGUUGAGAUUAAAUGGCUUAUCAGUUGAAAAGAAGCCACAGUUUAUAAACUGUGACUCCAUAGGAAAGCGGCAAAAACCAAAUUCUCCUGUUGGGGGCACUUUUAAGAACCACUUGAAACAUCUUUCCGGCAAGAUAUCAGAUGGAUGUAAAAUUCAAGAUGGUGCUGAAGAAAGCCAUGGGUAUGAUCAAGUGCUAACCUCUGACAUACAUGUCAAAUUCUCUUAUAAAGAUGAAAUAGUUGGUCUGAAAAAGAGAACUUCAUUUGAUGAAACUAUGUUUAACACAUCUUCAGAUGCACUGGCUACUUCAUUUGUAAAGGAUCGGUCUUCUGGAACUGAUGAAGAAAGUUCAAGUUUUGAGGGAAACAGAAAUUAUGGCCACAUUGCCCUUAAUAUAGACAAAGACAAAAGAGAGGAGGUUUGCCCAAUAACCGAAAGCAAACAGUUUUCUAGUACUCUGGAACAAGUCACGAGACCAGAUUUCUUGAAGCCAUGUAUCAAUCAAGAAAAAUCCAAUCAGUUAGAACAGAAGUCUGAAUUAUUAACCAAGAUGGCAGUUUAUGACAAUAAUAAUUCACAGCUUUUUGAUGGAGGCAACACAACUACAAUUCAUUUUUCUCCAAUUGCUGGUAUUUCUAAACCUCUUCCAGCAGUUCAACAAGGGCAAAUGUGUGGUAAAAAUACACAAGUGCGUGAAUCUGGAGUUUUCAGUUUUGGUGGAAAGUUCAUUGACUAUUCGGAGGAUAAUACAUUUCUGGUUGAUGCUGUGAACAAAAAUGCAAGUACAGAGACAUUCCUGGAGCUUUCGUCGUCUUAUUCUGCUCCAUAUGACAAAGCUAAUGAAAGGCCAGAAUCUCCAUCGCCUUCAUCUUCUUACUAUGGAGAUAAUGUGUUUCAUGCAGAUAUGACUGAUAAGUCAUACCCUUUUACAAGCUGGGGACAAGGAUGCAUAAGAAAUAGCUGUUUGGAUCCCAACUUUUUCGGUUUACCACUCAACUCUCAUGGUGAGCUGAUCAAUUUCAGUUCGAGUGGAAAUGUAGUGACGAACCAGCUGGAGACAUCUAGUCCAUUAGAAGGUUCGUUAAGUGGCUUGCCGAGUAAUAAUGCUCUCUGUCGAAGUAGCCAGGAAAAUUUAAGCAUUAAUGAGAGGCAUGCUGUUCAGAAGACAUUACAAAAAGAUGGUCCAAGUUCAUUACCUCAUUAUCCACCCUCACCUAGGUUAGAUGUGACCGAGAUAUGCAGCCCUAGAGAAGAUAUCCAUCCACCUAAUUCUGAAAUAUUUUCCAGUCACCAUUCAGAGUUCCAACAGAACCAAUGUGAAAGAGGGCAGAACCACAACAGAAAUGGGAUGGUUUCUCUGAAAGAAAGUUCAGAUCAUAUCUCACUAAGUUCCAGCCAACCAACAGUGAGGUUGAUGGGUAAAGAUGUUCCAAUUGCUAGAAGAAGCCAAGAGACACAAAAAUUUACGGGAGAUGUUUGGACUGAUGAGGAAUCCAAGAGAAGGCAUUAUGCUGACUAUUCUGCUUUAGAAAAUUCUUUACUAGGAAGAUGCUCCAAGCAGGAUUGGGUAUCUGGUUCCUCUUUACACAUAUCAACCAAUAGUGUAUUGCAGUCUGAGCAAACCCAAAGUACUAGUGGAUUACAAAGCACUCCAGGAUUUCCUCAACAGUUUAUUGAUAUGCAAAGUAAUCAUGUAUCUCAAAAUGGAAGACUCGGGGUCGGCAGAAAUGCUAGUUCUUAUAUCAAUCCUAUUGCUCAGGAAUCUACCUCAUAUGCUGUAUUUAAUGGGACACCCAGUGACUCUUCAGAGCAGUUUAUAGCCGGUUCUAAACCAUCAGGACUGAGCUCUCGGCCACAGGUAUUACCCACUCCUUGCAAUUUUAAUCAGUCAGCGUGUUCAAGAAACGGGGAGCUUAAUGGAAGGAACAAAAAUCCUCAUGUUACCAAAUCAGCCUUUGGAUUUCCUUUCUUGCAGCCUGCUGUCGAUGAACAGGCCAAAACAUAUUGGAGUCAGGGGCCUUAUAGAAGUUUACCACCUUGGUUGUCAAGCUCAACAGAUGACAUCCUAACCGGUGCCUAUUCUCCACAGUUUUCUGGCUUAGGUAAUCAAAGUUUUCCUCAAAAUCGAUGGGGAAAUAAUUUUGCUACACCAUCUUUUAAUCAUUCAGCAGAAUUUCUCUACCCUUCUAGUCCUUUAACUUCUGGGGUUCCCAUGAAGACGACCCCUCUUUAUCCAGCAUCUAUUGUUCAACCUCCACAACUCUCAGUUACAUCCUCUACCAUGAAUAGUGGCUGUAGAAACAUAAAUAAGGUUGUUGACAGAGUAAAGUUGGAUAAUAUGGCUGCCAAAGACCACCCCCCAUGCACAAAUAUCUGGAAGAGAUCUGCAGUUAAUCUUGAUGAUUCUCGAAAACCCAUCAAUUUAUCCAGUAGUGAAGUGAAAGACAACUUGCAACUUAACAAAAGAACAGCGGUACUUGAUCCACAAGUGGAGAUUUCUAGAAGUAGGUGUUGGCCGAAUGUGGCGCAAAAUCUAAAUCCUACAAGUUAUCCUGUCACUGAUUCUUUUAAACCGAGCGACACAAUAAGAUCGAGCCCUGUCCGACUUGGUCCUAAAAGAGCUAAGCACAUCCUAAAAUCCUCAUGA